UUAUAUAAUAGUCAUUUGCAAGUCUCUGGAGUUUGCUCCUUGAUCAAAAGAUUACACCUAAAGCUCACAGAUCAGUACUAUAGCAGUUAUGGGGGACUCUUCUGCUUCAUACAUACACAUGGUGCAACACCUGAUAGAGAAGUGCUUGAUCUUCCACAUGAGUAAAGAAGAGUGCAUGGAAGCCCUCUCCAAACAUGCAGACAUCAACCAAGUCAUCACCUCCACCGUGUGGAAUGAAUUGGAGAAAGAGAACAAGGAAUUCUUUGAGGCCUACCAUACUCAAACCCAAACCAGAGAUGACAGAAUGUCAGAGGCUGAGACAAACGAAAUGAUCCAGAAGAUGAUAGCAGACUCCAAAGAUUCGGACUAAUCAGAACAUUAAUUCUCGACAACUCUCCCUACCUUUUGCUUCUGGUUGGUACGUACGUAGUUGCCCAUCUCAGAAUCAUCCAUAUCCAUCAGCCAAUGAACUUGUUGUACAUGCAAUAACUUUGAUUCUACGAAUUGGGUAAAUUUCUAUUGGGAAAUACUCCUGGAAUCUUGGUGUAUAUAUCAUGCGUUUAUUUGUGGGAGUUGUUGAGUAGUCUUGUCUUCAGUAGUGGGAUAUAGAGAAGAUCAAUGUGAUGUUGGUAGGAAAGCCAGUUGGAUGGGCCAGUUGACACAGCCUAGUAGUGAUGGCAACCUUUUUUGGGAUUGAACCAACGGUCUAAAACGACUGCCAUUGAGCUGA